AUGCCGGUCAACCUCCUCAACGACAAUACAACAGUGCACUUGGAGUUGCCCAAGUCGAAAGCUUCGGCAGAGGUCCGCCUCUUCGGGGCCACUGUCACCUCGUGGAAAGCUGCUGGUGGUAGCGAGCGACUUUUCCUCUCCUCCAAAGCUGCGCUCGACGGCAGUGCCGCUAUUCGUGGCGGCAUUCCUAUCGUCUUUCCAGUCUUUGGCUCGCCGAAGGAUCAUGUCGAUGCUCCUGAAAUCGUCACCAAGCUUGGCAAGCACGGUUUCGCACGCGACCACGACUGGGCCAUCUCUACCCACGUCCCCCGCAUCGACGAGGAGGACAAAGCCAGCGUCACUCUGGAACUUCGCACUAACAACAAGCCCGAGGUAAAAGCUGUAUGGCCCUUCCAGACUGUACUACAGUACACCGUCACUCUCUUGCCAAACGAGCUCAAGUGUGAACUCAAAGUGCAGUAUCUUGACGGUGAGGGUGAGAUGCCGUUCCACGCACUCCUUCACAACUACCUUCUUGUCCCUGACUCGACCAAAGCCUCCGUGCAGGGUCUCAACGGCAUGCACUACACCGACAAAGUCAAGGGUGGCGAAGAAGCACAGCUUAGUACGGACAACUUCACAUUCGACGCACAGCCUAUUGACCGCGUUCACGUGGGCAAGCACAAGAACAGCCCCGCCGGAGAAGCACCGAGAGACGUCAAGCUACUUUACAACGCCAGCCUCCUGCAAGAUCCACUGGGAAGGAUGGGCAAGGGUGUCGAAGUCACAAGAUCAGCAGAACUCAGGGACACGGUGCUGUGGAAUUGCGCUGAAGAAGGCAAUAAGAGCAUUAGCGAUCUGGAGGAAGGUGGUUGGAAGAAGUAUGUUUGUGUUGAGCCCGGUGCGGUUCACGGGUUCGAGAAGCUGGAGAAGGGCAAUACUUGGACUGCGACGCAGACUCUGACCGCCUGGUGA